AAAGCCUCUAAGCAGCCAUCUAAGACACUCCGCUAGUCUCAUCCCUUUGGGAGCAAGGAAGAAUGAAGAAAACUAAAAAUAUAACAGAAAGAUUAGUUCAAAGGACUAACAUACUACCUCUACCACAGCCUCCACCAGACUGAGUCCAGUACAACUAGAUGGUGCCCAGCUACCACCGCUGACUGUUCUGACACGGAUCAUAAUAGAGGGUCCCGGACAGAGCUGGAGAAAAAUGUGGAACAAAAUUCUAACUCACAAAAAAAGACCAGACUUACUGGCCUGACAGAGACUGAAGAAACCCUGAGAGUAUUACCCCUGGCCACUCUUUUAGCUCAGUAAUGAAGUCACCCCUGAGGAUCACCCUUCAACCAAAGAUUAGAGAGGCCCAUAAAACGAAAUGAGACUAAGGGGACAUAACAGCCCAGGGGCAAUGAAGAGAAGGCGGGAGGUAACAGGAAAGCUGACAAUAAGGAACCCAAGGUCGAGAAGGGAGAGUGUUGACAUGUCGUGGGGUUGUUAACCAACGUAAAAAAGCAAUGUAUGUAUUGUUUAAUGAGAAACUAGUUAGUUCUGUAAACCUUCAUCUAAAGUACAAUUAAAAAAAAGAAGAAUGAUAAACUGAAGGAAAAAAAAAUUGGCUGCUGGAAUGAAAAAUUUGUUUAUAAAGACUUCCAUGUGUGAGUUAACAAAAAUGAAACCAUGGAAUUCAUAACUUCUUUAAUACAAUUUUUUCAUCACAGGUCUUUUUUGAACCAGCUACAUUGCCUCAUGGAUUCCCUGGUGGAUGGGAACCACACUGCAGUGACAGAGUUCAUUUUAUUGGGUUUAACAGAUAAUUCAAUCCUUCGGGUCAUCCUAUUCAUGGUCUUCCUAUUCAUCUACCUAGUGACCUUAUUUGGCAAUCUCAGCACAAUUAUUCUUAUCAGAAUCUCUUCUCAGCUCCAUCAUCCUAUGUAUUUUUUCCUGAGCCACUUGGCUUUUUCUGACAUAGGCUAUUCAUCUUCUGUCACGCCCAAUAUGCUUAUAAACUUCCUGUUGGAGAGACGUACAAUUUCCAGUCUUGGAUGUGCCAUCCAGCUUGGUUCAGUUGUUUUCUUUGGGUCAGCUGAAUGUUUCCUACUGGCCUCCAUGGCCUAUGAUCGCUUUGUAGCAAUCUGCAAUCCACUGCUUUAUUCAACUAAAAUGUCCACGCAAGUCUGUGUCCAGCUGUUCUCUGUGGCUUAUGUAGGUGGUUUUCUCAAUGCUUGUUGUUUCACUAUUUGCUUUGAUUCUUUAUACUUCUGUGGACCAAAUCAGGUCAAUCAUUUUUUCUGUGACUUUGCUCCUUUAGUUGAACUUUCCUGUUCUGAUGUCAGUAUCCCUGCAGUGGUCCCCUCAUUUUCUGCUGGCUCCAUCAUUGUGGUCACAGUAUUUGUCAUAGCCAUCUCCUACAUCUACAUCCUCAUCACCAUCCUGAAGAUGCGUUCCACUCAGGGCCACCACAAGGCCUUCUCCACCUGCACCUCCCACCUCACUGCAGUCACUCUGUUCUAUGGGACCAUUACAUUCAUUUAUGUGAUGCCCAAGUCCAGCUACUCUACUGACCAGAACAAGGUGGUAUCUGUGUUUUACAUGGUGGUGAUCCCCAUGUUGAACCCCCUCAUCUACAGUCUCAAGAAUAAUGAGAUUAAGGCUGCUCUCAAGAGACAGAUUGGUAGGAAAAUAUUUUCUUAA